AUGAUACAGACAUCAACGUCUGUCCAGAAAAAUAUUAAUAUAAAAGAUUAUAAUACUACUAAUAAUAAUAAUAAUAAGAAUAACGAAAGUAACAUCAGUAAUAAUAAUGAUAAAAAUGAUAAAACGGGACAACAAUCACAUUACGAACAAUAUGAUAAAGAUAUAAUAAUAAAUAAUAAAAGUAAUAAUACCAAUCUUAAUUCACAUUCAUCACUUGAAAAUAAUAAUAUGAAUUCUCAAAUUGAAGAAUUACCUCAAAAUAUAAGCAAUAACAAUAAUAAUGAUAGUAAUGAAAAUGACACCAACACUAACAUCAACGCUAACACCAUCACUAACGCCAACACUAACACUAAGAAUGAUAUUAACACAAAUUCCAAUAAUAAAAUCAACAAUGAUAACACAGUAGAAGAAUUAAAUGGAUCACAACAACAACAACCACCACCACCACAGCAACAACAACAAUUACCAUCACCAACUUCAUCUCAUCAUAGUAAUAAUAGCAAAAAUUCCGAAAAUCCAAAUAAUGAUGAACAAUCUGGUUCAUUUAAUAAUAAAUCUUCUGAUAUAAUGUUUGCAAAAAAGGAUUUAAGUAAAUCAAGAACUCAAUCUUAUCAAUCAGUAUUAUCAAUAGCAUCAUUAAAAUCAUUAAAACAACAACAUAUGUUAACAACAACUACACCAGUAAAUCCUACAUUAAAUAGGAACAAUAGUGCAACAAAUAAUCCUCAAUUAUUAAGAAGUAAUUCAUCUAUGAAUAAUUUUAAAAAUUUUCAAUCAUUUAUACAAGCUCCAGUUUUAUCAAGUAUAACUAAUCAAAAACUGAUGGAAGAUUUACAAAUUGGUCAACAAUUACCAUUUAAUGAUAAACCAGAUACUAAAAAAAGAAGAAAUACAAAUAAAACGUCAAGUACAACAAGUACAGAGGAAGAUAAUAAUGAUAAUAAUGAUGAUGAUGAAGAAACAUUAUUACAACAAAAGAAUUUAACUUUGAAUGCAUUAAAAAAAUUAAGUUUAUCACCAAGACCUGUAACUAAUCCUGAUGAUUUAGUAAUUUCCAAGAUUGAAGAACAAAAUGCAAGAAGAAAAUCUAAAACUCAAGAACCUUAUCAACCAGCGGAAGUAGAUUUAUCAUCAUUUGCAAGUCUUACAAGACAACCUAAAACAACUCCAAAAAUUCCAUCACCAGUAAAUCAAACUCCAACUACUAAUUUAAUUAAUUCACAAAUAAAUAGAAAACAAUCAUUACCAAGAUUACCAGAAGGAGAAUUAAUAGACCCAAUAACUCAUAAUAAUAAUAAUAAUAAUACAUCAUCUUCAUCUUCCACAUCAUCAUCACAAAAUAUAAAUCAAUAUCAUCAAGAUUUAAAACAACAACAAUUGGACUCUUUUAAUCGUCAACAAGAUAUAAAACCUCAAAGAGAUCAAUUUAGGCAACCUUUUCAAUCAAAUAAUAAUUUACCAACAAAUUCUCAAGCAAGAAUACCAGUAAUGCCACCACAAGAUAUAAAUACUAAAAGAAAACCACUGAAUCCAGGUUUGCAAGCAGUUCAAAGUCUACCUCACAUGCAACAAUCUCACUUACAACAACAAAAUAUUCCACAACCAAUAAAUUCACAACAACAACAAUAUCAACCACAUCAAAAUCAUCAACACCACCACCAGAAUCAGCCAUAUCAACAAAACGAACAAAAUCAAAAUCAAAGGUCCAAUAAACAUUUACAGCAAAUUAAAGGGUUAAGAAAUCCAAUGUAUGUUCCAGCAGUAUUGAGAAUGACACAAAGUGGGAGUUAUUAUUUAUCAAAUAGAUCAGGAUCAAAUUCUCCAGACUUCUUAUCGUCUUCCCCAGAAUAUGAAGCUCAUUUACAAGCAUUUGGUCAUCAAAGAAACAUAGAUUCAUCAACAGCAUCCAUAAAAUCAACAGAUUCAACAAUAUCACAAGAUUCAACUAAUUCCCCCAAAUUUACAUCCCUCAAUAGAUUUAUAAGUUCAAGAAAUUUCGAUAUAUCAAAAGCUCCACCAACAAGAAAACAUUGGAUAAAAGAUGAAACAGUUUUGAAAUGUAGUAUACCAACAUGUACAAAAGUUUUCAAUUUUUUUGAAAGAAGACAUCAUUGUAGAAAAUGUGGUGGUAUAUUUUGUAAAGAACAUACUUCACAUUCAUUAUACAUUAAUCAUAUGGCACAAUUUACUACAGGUGGUAGAGGUACAUUAUCAAAAGUUUGUGAUAAUUGUAUUGCUGAAUAUAAUGAAUUUAUACAAAAGGAAUUUGGAGUUCAUAUAAAUCCAAAGUCGCCUUCAGCUAUUGAAUUAAAUCAUAAUGCAAACAUAAUAAAUAAUAAUAUUCCUCAUCAUUUCCCACAUCAUAAGAAUCAACAAAUACGACAACUGUUUAAGGAACUUGAUAAAGCUAAUAAUCAACAAAAACCUAAUAAGUCAAAUAUAAUAAAUGGAUCAAAUCAACAAAAUAAUAGUAAUAAUCGUAGUGAACAAUUGGUGGGAAGUGUACCUGCAAAUUGGAGCUGGAGUUCAUUUUAA